AUGAAUUCUUUUUUUCUUACUUUACAAAUGGAAAAGCAAACCAAUGUUUUAAUAGCAUUUUACACUUUGCUUUACGGCGGGUCUUCAGUUUAUUUGGUUGGCAUAGAAACGAGUCCGGCAACUACCGUACAACUGCGAACAAUACCUUUUCUUCAAGAAUUUGCCAUAUAUUUCAUGGAAGAGCUAAAAUUAUCGCUGUCAUUGUGCUUAACUACAUUUGUCAACUACAAAUACCUUAAAUUUUAG